CGGAGUCGGCACGGGAUGACUCAGUGCUGAGAGUCCCCUCGGUGGCCCUGUUGCAUCUCAGCCGCCCCAGAAGCCGCCUCGGACGCUCUCCCCGCCCCGCCGGCCGCGGGAUGCGCGGCGGGGAUGGAGCAGAAGUGAGCGUGGGAUGCGCAGCGGCGGCUUCCCGGGAGCGGAACCCGCUGGAUGUUCUCGGCUGAAGGGCUCCCUCGCCCUGGGGAUGUUCAGCCCCUCCUCCGCCGUGCCCCCCCCGUGCGCGUCCCCGCGGGGGCCCCAGGCCGUGCCCAUGGACCUGCGGCUCGGGCAGCGCGUGGUGAAGCCCGGCUCGGACACGGCCCUGCUGACCCUCAAACACACCCAGCAGCUCCAGCACCAGCUCUUCCUGGCCAGCCUGCACCAGCAGCAAGUGGAGCAGCUCGCCCACCAGCACGUCAGGGUGGCCAUGGAGUCCCCGCACCACGAGGCUGAGCCGGGGCAGCAGGAGCAGGAGCUCAGGCAGCUCCUCAACAAGGACAAGAGCAAGCGAAGUGCCGUGGCCAGCACGGUGGUGAAGCAGAAGCUGGCCGAGGUCAUCCUCAAGAAGCAGCAGGCGGCCCUGGAGAGGAGCAGCAACCCCAACCCCGCAGCCCUGCCCUACAGGUCUCUGGAGCCUCUGGACCCCGAGGGCGCUGCCCCCACCGUGCUCAGCACCUUCCUGCCCCCCGUGCCCAGCGCCCCGCUGGACCCCCCGGAGCACUUCCCUCUGAGGAAAACGGCGUCGGAGCCCAACCUGAAGGUUCGCUGCAAGCCCAGGAAGUGCCUGGAGCGGCGCAAGAACCCCCUGACCCGCAAGGAGAGCGCUCCCCCCUCGCUCAAGAGGCGCCCGCCCGAGCCCAUCGACUCGUCCCCCAGCAGCAGCAGCACCCCCGUGUCUGGGUGCAGCUCCCCCAACGACAGCCUGCCCUCGGAGCACGGAGCCCUUCCCAGCGCCCCUGGGAUGGCCCACGAGCCCCCCCUGGCCCAGCGGCUGCGGCUCCAGGAGAGCUCCCUGGCCCAGUUUGCCCUGCAGAGCGCGGCCUCCCUGCCCGCCCUCACCCUGGGGCUGCCAACCACUGCCACCGCCAGCGCCAGGGGCGAGUCGGAGCGCCGGCCCCUGCCCAGCCUGGCCCACCGGGUGCCGGUGCUGAACGGGCCCGUCCUGCCGGGCACCCACCCGGGCACCCACCCGGGCACCCACCCGGGCACCCACCCGGGCACCCACCCGCCCCUGUUCCUGCCCGCCAGCCUGGAGCAGCACGAGCCCGGCGGGUCCCUGUCCCCCCGCCUGCAGCCCCUCAUCAUCCUCGAGCCCUCGGUCACACACGCUCCCCUGGUGGCAGUGCCAGGCCUGGGCACGGUGCCCUUCCCCUUCGGCCCCUCCCUGAUCCCCGCCGAGCGCCUGGCACUGCCCGGGCACCACAAACCGCUGGGCAGGACCCGCUCGGAGCCGCUGCCCCAGAACCCCAAGGCCAUCCAGCAGCAACAGCUCCUGUUCCAGCAGCACCACGCCCAGUUUCUGGAGAGGCUCAGGCAGCAAACGCACCUGGGCAAGCGCGUGGUGAAGUCGAGCGAGAAGCCCCGGCUGCGGCAGAUCCCGUCCUCGGAGGACAUGGAGGCCGAGGGGACCCUUCCCGAGGCUGGCACGGAGGGCACCGACCCCGCCAGGACCCGCGGGGAGCCCCCCCGGCCGGGCAGCAGCGGGAAGGAGCCCGAGAGGACGCCGAAGGUGCUGCAGCCUCAGGACGAGCUGCUCCUGCAGCAGGCCUACCUGUGGGAUUCCUACCAGCGGGUGCAGCAGCAGCUCCUCAAGCGCCAGCCCCUGGACUCCCCCGCCGUGCCCACCCUGCCCACGGGGCACAGACCCCUCUCCCGGGCACAGUCCUCCCCUGCCACCGCCACCGUGUCCCUGCCUGCCCAGGACAGUGCCAAGGGCCUGGCCCUGCCCGUGCAGGAGCCGCCGGCAAAGCCACACUUCACCACAGGGCUGGUUUACGACUCGGUGAUGCUGAAGCACCAGUGCUCGUGCGGGGACAACAGCAACCACCCCGAGCACGCCGGCAGGAUCCAGAGCAUCUGGUCCCGCCUGCAGGAGCGGGGGCUGCGCGGCCGCUGCGAGUGCCUGCGGGGCCGAAAGGCCACCCUGGAGGAGCUGCAGUGUGUGCACAGCGAGCGCCACGUGUUCCUCUACGGCACCAACCCCCUGAACCGCCUCAAGCUGGACAACGGGAAGCUGGCGGGGAUCCUGUCCCAGCGGAUGUUUGUCAUGCUGCCCUGCGGAGGGCUGGGGGUGGACAGUGACACCAUCUGGAACGAGCUGCACUCGUCCAACGCUGCCCGCUGGGCCGCCGGCUCUGUCACCGAGCUGGCCUUCAGGGUGGCCACCAGGGAGCUCAAGAACGGCUUUGCCGUGGUGCGGCCACCCGGACACCACGCCGACCCCUCCACCGCCAUGGGAUUCUGCUUCUUCAACUCGGUGGCCAUCGCUGCCCGGCAGCUGCAGCAGAAGGGGAAGCUCAGCAAGAUCCUCAUCGUGGACUGGGACGUUCACCACGGGAAUGGGACUCAGCAGAUCUUCUACAGGGACCCCGAGGUUCUUUACAUCUCCCUGCACCGGCACGACGACGGCAACUUCUUCCCUGGCAGUGGAGCUGCUGACGAGGUGGGCUCCGGCCCCGGCGAGGGUUUCACCGUCAACGUGGCCUGGGCCGGGGGGCUCGACCCCCCCAUGGGGGACCCCGAGUACUUGGCUGCCUUCAGGACGGUGGUGAUGCCCAUCGCCCACGAGUUCUGCCCCGAGCUGGUCCUGGUGUCCGCCGGCUUCGACGCCGCCGAGGGCCACCCCCCGCCCCUGGGGGGCUACCGAGUGUCCGCCAAGUGUUUUGGCUACCUGACGAAGCAGCUGAUGAGCCUGGCGGGGGGGGCCGUGGUGCUGGCCCUGGAGGGGGGGCACGACCUGACGGCCAUUUGUGACGCCUCCGAGGCCUGUGUGUCUGCCCUGCUGGGGGACCAGCUGGAUCCCCUUCCCGAGGAGAGCCUGAGGCAGAAGCCCAAUCCCAACGCCGUGCGCUCCCUGGAAGCCGUGAUCCAGGCCCACAGGAAGUACUGGGUGGCCCUGCAGCGUUUCUCCUCCAAGCUCGGCUGCUCCUUCCUGGAAUUCCAGCGGGACCACGAGGCCGACGAGGUGGAGACGGUGACGGCGCUGGCCUCGCUCUCCGUGGCCGUCCUGGGGGACAAGAGGGCGCCCGAGGAGCCGAUGGAGGAGGAGGAGCCGAUGGCCCAGUGACAGUGGGGACUGUCCCCUGCUCCAGGACCUGCCCUUCCCUCCCGGCUCCCCCUUCGCCUCCUCAUCCUCCCUGCCCCAAGCCGUGGAAGGGCCUCCUGGACUCCUGGAAGGGACAAUUCCGGCCGUGUCCUGGGCUGGGGAGCGAGGGAGGAGCAGGAGCUCCCUCCCAGCCCCGGACUGUGCUCGUGGGGACCCCAAACCGGGCCCCAAAAAAACCCCUCUGGCUGAGGGGGCACAUGGAUGCAGGUCCCGGGAUCUCCCAGGCCGUGGGAAGGGGUGGAUCCUUCUCCUGGGAUCUCUCUGGCAUUAGGAAGGGGUGGAUCCUUCUCCUGGGAUCUCCCUGGCCCUGGGAAGGGGUAGAUCCUUCUCCUGGGAUCUCCCAGGCAAUAGGAAAGGAUGGAUCCUUCUCCUGGGAUCUCCCUGGCCCUGGGAAGGGGUGGAUCCUUCUUCUGGGAUCUCUCUGGCAAUAGGAAAGGAUGGAUCCUUCUCCUGGGAUCUCCCUGGCCCUGGGAAGGGGUGGAUCCU